UUUUUCGUAGUGAUACGGACCGAAACGAUUCCUAGAAGAUUCAGUGAAGUUAAAACGAAUCAAAAUGAGCAAAUUAUUGUCUGGGCCUGGAGGUUACUGCAGCCGGGAAACAUUGCUUGAAAACCAAAGCCAAUUUUGGACACGAAUCACAGUGUCAGGAGUUUCCAUUUCAAACAAGGAGUCUGAAUUGCCAGAAUCGCUGAUAGGAGAGCUUCCGACAGUCAUCCCAAAAGCAGGCAAAUUGUUCUUGCUGGAUUUUUUUGGUUUGCGUGAGCUAGGACAAAUUGGCCCAUAUCUUCACUGGUUUUAUGUUUUGGAUACUUUUAAAAAGUGGAACGGUGAAUACGAGGAAUCCGUCGCUACGGGAAGUUCACCAAGCUGCUAAUCUGUGAGCUGCCGUCCCAGCACUUAGCAGUUUUCGAAAUUUUUGUAAGUUUAACAGAAUUUGAGUAAAUCAUUUUUUGGUUAUUUAUUUCAGUUCAUUACAGUAGCAUGUAUACUAUAGCCACUGAUCAUACUGACUUGACUCUUAGAACAAAAAUCGAUUCCAUUUAUGGCUAAUUUUUUUAUAUUGCCAUCUAUCGGCGGUAUUUCGUACUCACACUCUCACCAAAGCAAGUGAAAAAUUUACCACCACUACUAAUGGAAAUUUGACACUUCAAAAUCGUGAUCACAACAAACCGCAACAACAAAUCAUAAUUACCAGUGAUGUGUUUACUCCAGCCACAGA